AAAACAAUGCAGCUUUUCGCCUUGCCUUUUAAAGGCGUCACGAAGUGUUUUCAUCUACCAAGGUGUAAUAAAUACACCUUUCGCUCGAGAUCUUCACACUAACGUGAAAGCCUUAGAAACGUGCAGUUAUAUUCUACCUGUAUCCAUCUAAACUGUUUUGUUACAGAAAAGUGCACUACUGUACCAAAUGGUACCGUUAAUACUAAUAUUUCUAAAAUCAAACAUCCAUGAUGUAUCAAUAUUAUUUUAUGUUUGACCAAUAUUUCCUGGAAAAAGACAUCUCUACAUAGACAAGAAUUAAUAAUUAAACACAUAAUAAUUAUAUGAAAUCCGUAAAUCUCGAGUUUACACCUAAAAUUUGCUUUCGACAAAUCUCUUCGACAUGAGUGUUUCAGGUAAUACUAAAAAUAUCUAAAUAUAAAAUCAAGAUUAUCUUUUGAAAUUUGUGAUAUCACAUAAAAAUAUCAUUCACUAUUUAUUAAUUUUUAGAUAAAUUAUAAAAAUUUAAGUAUCAUAAUGACAAAUAAUUCAAGAUAUCUAGGAUAUCACAAUAAUAUAAAUAGAGAAUAUUUAACAGAUGGAGAUGACAAUCAUCGUGCACCAUCAGAUCGUACAGUAUCUGAAUAUAUUGUGUCUACUGAUCAUGCUACAAUGAUGAAAUCAAUGAAAAAAGACCAUUCAGACAAAUAUGAAAAAGAAGAAGGAAGACAAUCACGAAAUAUACACAAUAGUCGUGGUUCAAUAUUAUCUGGAUCUUCAAGACAUAGUCUUCAUCCUCUUAGUAAAAGUAUUUCACAUGGUAGCAUAUGUGACAAUGGUUCAGAUAUAUAUGUUACAAGUGCUGCAUAUAGGGCAACUUCAGAUAUAAGCCAUGUAUCACAUCACAGUCUAACACCAAGUUCAAGAUUAGGACAUCGAGCACCCAGUCAUUGUAGUUAUGGUUCUGCAAAAUCAGUAAAAUCUCACACAUCUAGAAAAGAUGGUAUUAUCAUAGAAACCAUGUCGACACCUAAUCCUUUUUGCCCAAAUACCAAAGGAGUUUGCUGUCUUAUGUUACUUCUUAAUCUUGGUUUAAUUCUUGUUGCAUUAGGCUUUGUUAUAGUGAUUCAAUUUUUUCAACCAUUAAUAGUUUGGAUUUUGGGAAUAGUUUUCCUUGUUUUCGGAUUCAUAACAUUGAUAGGAAGCCUCAUAUACUGCGUACAUGUAUUUCGAAAUGCUAAACAUCCACAUGAUAUCAAUCCAGAGGAUCUUUAUUGGACACGAUAUUGGCAAGGACAUGUAGGUUCAGCACCUGAAGUAUAUUACAAGGCAGAGGAUAAAUAUCAUGAUGAUGGAUACAGUGAUCGUUUGAGCAAAUAUUCACAUAAAUAUUAUGAUCGGCAAAGAUAUUAAAGAAAAAAACAUCUACUUCAUGUAAAUGUGAAUAUAUCCAAUGUGUUUAUAGUAAUCUAUACGUAACUUACAUAUGAAUUGAUUUCAAGACAUAAGAAAUGUAUAUUACAUAUAUACAUUAAUUGUACUAACAUAUUUAAAAUUUAGUUUAUGAAACUAUAUUUUGU